AUGGAUCCUUUUACUGAGGUUGAUACUGACAUUCAGGCUAAACAAGACACUGGAGCCCUUAGAGAACGGGAGGGUACAGAGAAAACUAUUGAAGAAACACCUCCUGAAAACCAGGAAGUACUAGUGAAGUGCAUCUCACAAAACCUUGGAUAUGAUGGAGGCAAGCCUGUUGCUGCAUAUGUCAUUUACAAAUGUCUCAUCCACUGGAGAUCAUUUGAAGACAAAAGCACCAACAUCUUUAACCGUAUUGUUCAAGUGCUUGCUUCGGCCACUGAAGUCCCAGAUAAUAAUAACGAGGUUUUGGCAUAUUGGUUAUCUAAUUUAGCCACGUUGUUUCUCCUACUGCGACGCAUGUCCGCAAGCGCAAGUGCUACUACAACACCAGUGACGUCCCGAGCAUUCAAGCAGAAGCUUGUUGCAUUCAUCGAGGGAAUAUAUGGAAUGAUCACAGAUAAUCUAAAGAAAGAGAUCCUUCCUCUCCUUGAGUUGUGUAUCAAGAACCCAGGGACGAUAGCAGAAAACACACAACCUCUAGUUGCUCAUUGGCUUAGUAUUGUGGAAAUCCUAAACAGUUACCUGAAUCUAAUGAAAGCAAACAAUGUUCCACCUUUUUUAGUCAGCAAAAUAUUCACACAAGUAUUCAGCUUCAUCAAUCCUGAACUUUUUACCAGGCAUGUUCACUUGUAA